AUGCCAGCAUCACUACCAUUCAAACCCUCUCACGGCGUCGCACAGCUCGAACUCGGUGAAGCCACCACGAUGAAAGACGACCUUCGCUACAACGCACUACGCAACGCAGAUGCGCGGUCCGAAUCAAGUAAUACGGAAGUAGAGGACUGGGACACAGAAGAAGGCGACGUCAAGCUGUCACGGAGAAGGACAUUGUGGAAGAAAGUCAAGGCGUGGAAGUGGCUUCUCGAUACUGGAUUGCUUCUAAUUAUCGUUGUACUGCUCGUAGAGAAACGAUGGCGGCACUCCAGCAAAUCCCCCGCCUUCCAGCUCGCCGGUGACAUCACAGGCUUCGCGCCAGAAUUCUCACAGCAAAUCGUCACAUUCAAGCCCGACCCCGUAUUCGCGCCAGAAAACGCGAGCGAAUUCUGGAGCCGCGAGACGCAGCAUGCGUGGCUGGACAUUGUGCCUGGCAAGCCACCAAGCCAUUCCAUCGAGUGACCAAGCACUAACAAUCAUAUACAGAAGGCUUAGGCUACGUCAACGUGUCCAACCCCUCGCAAUACAACAACCUCCCGCACCCCGUCCACGACUAUCCCAACCACACCGUCUUCACAACCAGCGUGACCCAUCAAUUACACUGCCUCUACACCAUCGUCGAAGCCUACAACAUCCUCAAGAUACAGACCGAGUCGACUUCACCUCCAGCACACACGAUCAAGAUGCCCUGGCAUAUCAAUCACUGCUUCGAGUACAUGCGGCAGGCGGUUAUGUGCGCGGGUGAUGUGGCGUUGGAGGGUGCGGCGACGACCUUCCCGGCGGGUGAGGGUGGGGAGGAUCGUGGGGGGAGUGAUGGGUGGGAUUCCAGGCAUGUUUGUAAGAAUUAUGGCGAGGUUAAGGAGUAUCUUGAGAGUAGGACCAUGAACCAUUGGAAGUGGAUUAGUUCAGAGUAGUAUGGGUGGGUGUCGUGUAGGUAAUUGGAGAAUGAGCUUGGGGAGUUUGAUAAAUGAUAAUAAAUGAUUGUGGGAGUUUAGAAAGGACUAUAUGUUGGAUGAACAACUGGUCUUUCGUCUCGUC